AUGAGUACAAAUAUAAGGAGUAAUAAUCCAUUUGCCAGUGAAGCAGAAGCAGAAAUCCAAUCUCAUAUUAGUCAAGAUUCAAAUUCAGGUAGAAUAUCAAGUAAUCCAACAGGGACUCCAGAUACAUCAAUAUUGGAAUCAAGUGUAACUACUGCAUCAUCAACAGCUGUUGAAUCAAACGGAACUAACAAUGCACCAAAUCCAAAUGGAAAUAUAUCAACAGAGAAUGGUGGUACCCGUGAACCAGACCCAAUCCCACAACAAAUCCAGCAUGAACCAUCAAAUGGCAAUUCAUUAACCACUAGCAAUGAAAACACAACACCACCAUGGGCCGGUGUUGAUGAUUCUGUUCCUGAUGAACCAUUACCUGCUUAUUCAGAAGUUGAUCCAAAUGCUAAUACACAACCACAACCAUCACAACCACAAAGUCAAUUUAGUACAAAUAAUACAUCAGGUCAGAUAUACAGCAGACCUCCAGGACCACCACCAGCUCCAUUAAGACCUUCAAGCGAAUCAUACCAAAGACCAUCACAUCCACCUCCACAUUUAUCAACUAAUUUCCAAAGACCACCAGGACCUCCACCAACUCAUCUUUCACCUGAACAAUUCUCUCCAAGAUUGCCACCACGUCCAACUUCUCCAAGAUUACCACCAAGACCUGAUAUGGCAGGAAGACCACCACCAAGAAGAAAUGUCUUCCCGGGGAGAGCUACUGCAACUUAUUCCAACACAGGUGCUCCACCACUACCACAUAGGGGUUAA